GCCGUUUCCUCCGCGGCAGGCAGGUGGCUGCUCCGGCUCUAACCACCCAGGGCCUUCCCCUCAGCCGCGUGGUGCACUCGGGCAGCGUCACCCGGCCCUCCUGCCACCUAGCUGGUGAGAGCUGCUGCGACACGCCUCCCCUCACGCUCCCUCUUUGUGUGGGAAUCCCGAGGCCGGAGACGCCAUCUUUACUAUGGGCAUCAAGUCCGCAAAGGCGCGGAGUUGGGGCGGUUUAGGGGCGGGACGUCACUCCCAGUUCCCUUGGCCUCUGCCCUCAUCCAAGAUGGCGCUUAUUGCUUCAGCAGUUGGAGGCGGUUCUAGGAUGGCGGCGGGGGUCACGCCGGCGCACUAGGCGUGAGGGAGGUGGAGAGGCCUGGCAGGUCCCAUUGUUUUGUGGGGGGCGGAGGCGCUUGUGCUGGUUCUGCUGCGGAUGGAGCCGGAGGCGCUGGCCGUGGUGGAUGGCGGCGGGGCCGGGUCGGCUCCUGGCCCCGUGGGCGUCCCCCCAGUGCUCUCAGUGUCGCAGCGCCGGGCCGAGCUCCGGCGGAGGAAGCUGCUGAUGAACUCGGAGGAGAGGCUCAACCGCAUCAUGGGCUUCCACCGGCCGGGCGGGGUGAAGGAUGAUGAAAGUCACACAGAAUCAAAACUUCAACAUGAGCAAGAGAAAUCGAACUCCCUCCCUAUUCCUGCAGUUUCAAAGCGAAUUGUGCUUGGUGAUUCUGUCUGUAAUUUGGCAGGAACAUCUGACCACACAAGUGGCAUUAUAGAGCUCAAGGGAGAUAAGAAGGACUUGUUCAGUAAAACUCCCGAGCUCGGUAACAAUGGCACCAGUGAGCUCCGGCAUCGUAGCAGAGGGGAUCUGACAUCAGAAGCUUCACAGAGAGCACCUCGGCAUGGAUUAGAUCAAUACUUAUCAAGAUUUGAUGAAGCUAUGAAGCUAAGAAACCAGCUGAUAAAUGAGAAGCCUAGUCAAGAGAAUGGGAAUGCAGUGGAGGAAUUUGAUUCUUUUCGCAUUUUUAGAUUGGUGGGAUGUGCGCUUCUUGCCAUAGGAGUUAGGGCUUUUGUGUGCAAGCAUUUGUCAAUAUUUGCACCAUUUCUUACUCUACAACUUGCAUAUAUGGGACUGUCCAAAUAUUUUCCAAAGAGUGAAAAGAAGAUGAAAACUACGGUAUUAACUGCUGCUCUUUUACUGUCAGGAAUCCCUGCAGAAGUGAUUAGUCGCUCCAUGGAUACCUAUAGCAAAAUGGGAGACAUUUUCACAGAUCUCUGUGUUUAUUUCUUUACUUUUAUCUUCUGCCAUGAACUUAUUGUUUUUUUUGGUUCUGAAGUGCCGUGAUGGCUAUAGAACUCAAUACAGUAGUUACACAAAAGUUUUCCGUUCUGUGUUCCUAUAAUAUCGUGGGGUAUGCCACACAGGGUUAUACCUUACUUAAUUCUUACCUAUUCAAAUGCUUGAAAGCAGUUAAAUCCACUCAUAUGAAUGGAAGAACAGGGUCCCAAGUUUGGGGUUAUAUUAGUACCGUUUAUUCAAUUUCUAAUAUGGAGAUUAGAGUGCAAGUGUCAGUGAUUUAUAUCUUUUGCUUAUUCAGUUAGAGGUCCUUUUCACCGUACCCCAAGCAUCACUUACAUUGUGUCACUUUCUUGUUGACUUGGUAGUGUGAAAACACAACAGAACUGGUGUGCUCUCAACAGAGCUAUAUAUACUAUAUAAAGACUGAUCCCUGUGUAUUACUUAUGUUUUUUAAAAUUUAAAUAAAAUGUACCCAUACA